UACUGAGUUACAGAGAGGCAACAGCUCAUUUUAAAAUGCACAAAAAACUAUGGAAAGCAUUUCUGUUCAUUGUGGCGAUUUUUGCAACUUUAAGAAUAUUAGAGAAUUUUGUGUAUAGUGAAUCUAAUACAGAAACGAAAAUGAAUCGAACAAAGAGCUCUCAGUUGGACCAUAUGGGGCAUGAUACAAAAUAUGGCCACCUUACAGGACAAGAGACUAAUCCUGUUACAGAGAAGCUUGACACAUGUGAAGAUGUGAUAAAACAGAAAAAUUUAUUGAAAAUCCACCCCAGAACGAAUAAAACCCGAACACCUAAGGAAUACUAUGACCUCUCUUGGAACAAUUCCAAAUUAAUGAGCGCAGAGUUUAUACUGAAUCCAAAACAGAUAUGUGUCGGGGAGGUUGAUGCUCUCGUUAUGGUGCUAAGUGGGACAAAAGAUGCCCAUAGGAGAUAUGCGGUGCGCAAAACAAUAGGCGGAGCUGGAAAAUUUGUCGAUAAAAAAAUAGUGUUAGUUUUUUUAAUGGGCCUGACUGAUGAUCCUAGUAUACAAAUUAAAAUAAAUGGAGAAAUGAGAGGACGUAAGGAUAUAAUACAAGCAAACUUCAUGGAUACAUAUGAGAAUCUUACGAUUAAGACACAUUUGAGUUUAAAAUGGGCAAUGGAGUUUUGUCCACAUGCGAAAUACCACCUCCAUGCUACUGAUGAUGUAAUGUUUAAUCCUUAUAAACUGUUUACAACAUUGAAAGAUCUCCCUAAAGAGGGACUUUAUUAUGGCUGUUCUAUGCCGAAUCCCGUGAUUGAACGCAGGAGUAAUAUAUACUACCAUAUAAGGAGUGAUGUCAAGUGGAGUGGAUGGUUUUACCCACCGAUGCAUUAUGGGUUUUUCUUUGUGAUAACACAAGAUGUUGUUGCGAACUUUUAUAAAUUAAGCUGUAUGACGCCAUUGACGUUCCCCGAUGAUGCCCAAAUUGCAGCUUGGGUUGAGAUGUUGAAUAUUCCUGUUAUGGGUAAAGAAGAACUUUGUAUUCAUUGGAUAGUCGUAUCAAAUGAAGAAAAGAUGAUGCAACUUUUUGCACAUAAGGAACACAAAAAUAUGUUUGUACAUUUUGGUAGUGGCCCAGAGACAGGACGCAAAAUGUUACGCAUGUGGAAAUAUUUUGAAAAAUAUUAUAAACUUACAUACAUGCCAACCUAAACCGAAGGUUAUUGUAUACUUAUUAAGUGUGGUAUAUUGUUACUAACUUUAGUAUAAAUUAUCAAAGUUAAAGAGUGGCAUAUUGUUGUCAUAAAGGUUGUUGUAGGCCUGGAGUAUUUCAAAUUAACUUUUUAUGUUUUUAAUGUGAUGACGUAUAUGUACCAUGGCACUUUAAUAAAUAAAAUUAAUGAAUAAAAUCAAAUGUAUGUGUAGGCAAUCAAAACUUUUAUACCUAAUGAUAUGUGUGUAAUAUUUUACAAAAAAGAAUAUACAUAUAAGUCUUGAUUGUGAAGUAGUUAAGUGAAUGAUUUUAU